AGUGGGAACUUUUUAUACGGAACUAAACAUCACGGAACGGAAUGUUGUUCACGGAAUGGUUUCAGUGCUGCACAAUAAUGGCAUCUGUGGAAAAGGCACAUGUGGAGAACUCAGCUGUGGUAUUAGAAGAGGAUUCUGAGCCCCAGGAGGACCACAGUGCUGAGAGUGAUGAUUCUGACAGAGGGAGCGAUGGCGGAGGGUCAGAGGAUGGAGAGGUGUCAGAGGAUGGAGGAAGUGAUGACGGAGAAGAGGAUGGAGAGAGUGAUGGGGAGCAGGCUAAGUAUGGAGGGAGCGAAGGAGAGAAAGAAGAGGGUGAAGGCAACAGAGAAGCAGAUGAUGUAGACACCAACCCCAAUGCUGGAUGGGCGGAGGCCAUGGCCAAGAUUCUGCAGAAGAAAACGCCAGCGAGCAAACCCAGCAUCCUGCUGAAGAACAAAGAGCUGGACAAGAUGAAGGAGAAGGAGAAGAAGGAGAGUCUGGAGAGGAAGAAACAGACUGAUAAGAAGCGAGCUUGGGAGAUGAUGUGUCGAGAGAAACCAGACGUUGUAAAAGACCGAGAGAGUGAGAGGAACCUGCAGAGAGUUGCUACCAGGGGGGUAGUACAGCUGUUCAACGCUGUGAGGAAGCACCAGAAAAUGGUGGAUGAGAAGGUGAAGGAGGCGGGCGGCUCGGAGAGGAAGAAGACCAAGCUCCUCUCCUCUGUCUCCAAGAAAGACUUCAUCAACGUGCUGCGUGGCACAGAGGGAGGCAGCGAGGUUGUCACCAAGACAGAGAGACAGGUGACUGGCUGGGAGGCAGAAGAGAAGCCAGCCUGGAGCGUGCUGAGAGACGACUUUAUGAUGGGAGCCUCCAUGAAGGACUGGGACAAGGAGAGCGACGAGGAGGGGGGCGAGCAGGAGGCACCAGAGGGUGUGGAGGACGACAACAGCGAGUCGGACUGAGCAGACUGGCCCAUCUAAGUGUGUAUAUGACUGAGCACGCCCAGGAGUGUGUGUGUACACAAGACCGUGCCUUUUGAGUCCACUGUGAGGAAUGGAGCUGAAGGGUCCUGCAUCGCUGAGAUCGGCUCAACCCAGCCUCCCUCUCCUCUUCCCCCAGAGGCAGCUCUACCAGGCCCAAAAACCCCUCUUUGAAUGUUCUAUAUGGAACAAGGAGCUGAAGAAAGACUGCGGUCCAGGUCCUGUUCUGGCCCACAAUGCUUUGGGUCAGGAUACCUAAGUUUGUGUAAUGCUGGUGCUCUCUGGCUUGUUAAGGUCCCACGGAACAUUUUUCCAUCUGAACUCUGCUGUGUAUAUAGACCCUUUCCCCCCCUAACAGUUGCAUGUUCCUCAAUAAAAAGCCAGUUGAUAAACA